GGUUGGGUACCACUGGUCUACUCUUGCAGAAUGGUCAGGCCAGGCUGUCCAGUCAUUCUGCUCCACCUCUUCAGCAUCUUUGUGCAGACGGGAGAUAGUACUCAGGACAUCCUGUAUCCAUAUGGGCCCAGCCAUAGGGAUCUAGAGACUCCAAAGAUGGAUGAUGGGAGUUCUACUGAAAAUAUUUUGCUCAUUCAUUUCAUUUUCUUCAAUGUCCCCUACCGUUCCAUCUAUGUGAACAACAAUGGUGUGAUCUCCUUCAACGUGCAGGUUAGCCAGUUCACACCAGAGGCUUUCCCCCUGAGUGACAGCAGAUCGUUCAUUGCUCCACUUUGGGCAGAUGUGCACAACGGCAUCCGCGGAGAUGUGUUCUACCGAGAGACCACCGAACCGGAAAUACUGGAAAGGGCAACACAAGAUGUCCGGAAGUACUUCAAAAACAUGCCCACCUUCACAGCCACCUGGGCUUUUAUUACAACAUGGCACCAAGUCACCUUUUAUGGAGGAAGCCAGACAACCCCGGUGAACACAUUCCAAACUGUACUAAUCUCAGAUGGCGUGGCAUCCUUCAGUAUGUUCAACUACGGAGAAAUCACAUGGAGCACAGGAACAGCCAGUGGUGGAGAUCCUUUAACAGGACUGGGUGGGACGACAGCUCAGUCAGGUUUUAAUGGUGGAGACAUUGGUCACUUCUUCAACCUGCCAGGAUCACGGUCAAAUGAUGUAGUGAACAUUGAACAGACAACCAAUGUAAAUACCCCUGGGCGCUGGUUGUUCCGCGUAGACACUGAACUGAUAGAUCCUGCCAAUGGCUGCAGCUACAAUGGUCGUUUUUACAGACGAGGGGAAAUCUUCUGGCUCUCUGACCAGUGUUCACAGCGAUGCCGCUGCCUUGACAUUGACAACAAGGUGCAGUGCCAAGAGGCUCCGUGCGGGCAGCUGGAGACCUGCGAGCAGCAGGAAGGGGCUUUUUACUGCCAGCCGACCCGCACCAGUACUUGUGUGGUAUUUGGCGACCCUCAUUACCACACCUUCGAUGGCUUCCUCUAUCACUUCCAAGGAACCUGCUCCUACCUGCUGGCGCGGCCCUGCUGGGAGGUGACAGGGCUGCCUUUUUUCAGCGUGGAGGCCAAAAAUGAGAACCGUGGGGUCGCCUCUGUUUCCUGGCUUAGAGAUGUCACAGUGGAGGUGUACGGUCACAGAGUCAUGUUACCCAAAGGCAGUUUUGGAACUGUCCAGGUGGACGGCUUGAUGAAGACUUUACCGGUCCAACUCCAGCUUGGUGCUGUCAGGGUUUACCAGUCUGGGGUUGCUGUUGCUUUAGAAACAGACUUUGGACUCAUGGUAACCUAUGACGGCCAACACUACGCAUCCAUCUCCCUACCCAGCUCCUACUUCAACAACACUUGUGGCCUUUGUGGUAACUAUAACGACGACCCCGCUGAUGAUCCUGUGCUUCCUGACGGCUCUCUGGCCGAAAGCGUAGUGGAGCUAGGGGGCAGCUGGCGAGCCGAAGACACAGACUGGAGGUGUACAGAUGGCUGCGCCCAGAACUGCAGCAUCUGUGACCCUCUUGUAGAAGCCUUCUACUUUCGCUCAGACUACUGUGGGCUCAUCAACAAAACCGAUGGACCUUUUAGGGACUGCAGAGCUGUAGUGGAUCCCACAGCCUUUGUGUAUAGCUGUGUAUAUGACAUGUGCAGCAACAGGGAUAAUAUCACCACACUCUGCCAGGCCAUCCAGGCCUACGCUCUGGCCUGUCAGGCCCUCGGCGUCACGAUACGAUCCUGGAGAUCUCGCACCUUCUGCGCUUUUUCAUGUCCGGAGUUCAGCAAUUACCAAGUGUGCACAAGUGCCUGCCCAGCCUCCUGCUCGGACCUCACCUCUCCCCUGUAUUGUGCUCACCCUUGCACUGAGGGCUGCCAGUGUGACCAAGGCUACGUUCUCAGCGGCAGCCGUUGUGUAAAGCGCGAAGACUGUGGCUGUGAGCAUAACGGCCUCUAUUACCCCCGUAAUAACACUUUCUGGGCAGGCCCCAGCGGUGAAGAAGGGGAAUGUACCCUCCGCUGCACCUGCGGGCCUGCUGGGGAAGUCUCCUGCUUCAACGAGUCCUGCAAGGAGGGGGAGGUGUGCGUGGCUGAGGUGGGCUUGUUGGGUUGUUACCCUCGGAGGGAGGGAGUGUGCGCAGUCACCCAAAACUCUGUGAUGACCUCCUUUGAUGGCACCUUCCUGCUGUUCCCAGAUGACAGCUCCUACUACCUGCUGAAGCUGUGUGGCCCAGUGCCAGCUAACGGCUCAAUGGUGGAGGUGAAGAUGGGCAGGCGGCUGGUGAACAAAGGCCCCACUUGGAAAAGACCAGUGGUGGUUACAGUAGCUAACAUGGAAGCUCAGAUGGGAGGGAUAGAUUUUGACACAGUAAAGGUGAAUGGUGAACCAGUGGCGCUCCCAUAUGUCCAUCCAAUGGAGACAAUGAUGAUCUACAGAGCACCAGGCAAUGCUACAGUAGUGGAGUCCCGCGGUCUGCUUCGUGUCCAGUACUCUCACCAGGGAUUCGUCAACAUCUCCCUCUCCACCCUCUUCUACAAUGUUACUUGUGGUCUAUGUGGCGUCUUCAAUAGCAAUACCACUGAUGACCUUCGCCUUCCAAACGGACGCCUGGCGGAGUCCACUGAACAGUUCACAGAUGGCUGGCGGUCCAUUGCCGAUGACCUCACCUGCAAUGGUGACUGCGACGACCUGUAUCGAAUGUGCACAGACCUGCGUCUCUACCAGAGUCCUUGGAUGUGUGGCACCAUCAACGAUCCGGGGAAUAGUUCAUUUCUGGCAUGUCAUGCACUGGUGAACCCCUCACCGUUCUUCAGGAACUGCUUGUAUAACAUGUGUGUAAGGGAAGGGAAUCGUUCAGCCCUGUGUUCUUCACUGCAGGCCUAUGCCACCGCCUGUCAGGAUGCCCAAGUAGGCCUCGCUUCCUGGAGGAGUGUCACCAACUGCCCUCUUCCCUGUCCUCAGAACAGUCAUUUUGAUGAGUGCACGAGCGCCUGUCCUCUGACCUGUGCCAACUUAGAUGAACCUGAAGAGCCGUGCCCUCUGCCAUGCCAGGAGGGGUGUCAGUGUGAGGAAGGCUUUGCGCUUCGCGAUGGCCUGUGUGUGGCACGCAGUGAUUGUGGCUGCAUGAGCCACGGACGCCAGCUGGCCACUAAUCAGACUUUCUGGACAGACUGGGAGUGCCAGGAGCGCUGCUACUGCAAUGGCUCCGACAACAGUGUAUACUGUCAGCUCGCACCCUGUCACACUGAGGAGUACUGCCAGGAGAAUGACGGCCUGUAUUUCUGCCAACCGCGCACUGAGGCCCUGUGUGUGGCUGCUGGUUAUGGACAUUUUCUGCCAUUUGGUGGCGUACCGUUUGAGCUGCAGAGCUCUUGUUCUCUUAGGAUGGCCACCACCAGCUGUGGCAGAGAGAGCAGGGAGCCCGCAACCAUCAGUGGAACUUUCCCUCAAUUUAAAUUGGCAGCUCUUAACGAGGAAAGGGACACAGGCCAAGCAAUUUGGGUGAGGGGCUAUGUUCUGGAGGUCUACGAGUAUGAGAUUGAAGUGUCUCGAAGCUACAAAAACACUGUCACAGUGAAUAAGGAGCGUUUGUACCCUCCACUGAAGCUGGGCCCAGGGAAGGUCAACAUCUUCACCUGGGGCAUGCAGCUCAUUCUGGAGACAGAUUUUGGCCUGAAGGUGGCCUUUGACUGGAACACUCUCCUCCUGUUGACGUUGCCUCGCGAUCUCUACAACAGCUCUUGCGGCCUCUGCCACGGCAUGCCCUUAUCCCCACCCACCCUUACCACCACCGACUGGGGCAUGGCCUGGGCAGAGAGGGACACCUUCUGCCAGGUGGGCUGUGGAGACUCCUGCCCACGCUGUGGCCUGGGAGAGACGAGCGAUCUAAAUGACGCCCCUCUCAUGGUGACUGAUGCCAACAUGAACACGGACAAUGGGGCAAAUGAAGUUGACACAGGCAUACGUUUUCACAUUGGAGAUGGACUGUAUGUGUUUGUGGAGCCUGAGGCAGUAAGGCUGUGCGGGCUAAUUGUGGAUCGAGGAGGUUUAUUUGCACGUUGUCAUAGCAAGGUGGCGCCAGCGUUCUUUUAUCAAAGCUGCCUGCAGGACACCUGUUUGGACCAAGGAGCUCAGGAUACAAUCUGUAACUGGCUGCAGAUAUACGCCGGUACCUGUCAGACCCAAGGUGUGCCUGUCACCGGCUGGAGGAGCGACACACCAUGUGUCCAGAGCUGUCCACCUAACAGCCAUUACUCCAGUUGUGUGUCGGUUUGCCCGCCCCAGUGCGCCCCAGCCCGCGGCCAGAGGGACUGCAGCCAGGACUGUGUGGAGGGCUGUCAGUGUGACCAGGGCUACGUGCUCAACGGCAAGAGCUGCAUCCUGCCUCAGAACUGUGGCUGCUACACUGAUGGCAAGUACUAUGAGCCCAAACAGCUGUUUUGGAACAGUGACUGUACCAAACGCUGCCAGUGUAUCGGACGAAACCUGAUCCAGUGCGACCCGAGGCGCUGUAUAGCAGAGGAAGAGUGCACCCUGCGGCACGGAGUGCGGGGCUGCUUUGCGCGGCGCUCCCAGCACUGCGUGGCGUCUGGCGGUGGGGUUUUCAGGACCUUCGACGGGGCGUCGCUGCGGCUCCCGGCCUCCUGCUCCUUCGUCCUGUCCACAAACUGUCACAAGCUGCCUGACCUCUCCUUCCAGCUCAUCGCUAACUUUGAUAAAUGGAGCACACCCAACCUCACCACCAUCUCCCAUGUCUACCUUUACAUCAAUGAGGAGAACAUACUCAUCUCUGGCAGCACUGUCAAGGUUAAUGGUACACCAGUGUCGGUACCGUUUCUAACUGGGCUGAUGACGCGUCUGUCCACCUCCGAAGGUUUCAUUGUCAUCGACACACCUCAGGACAUCCAGAUUCGAUACAACCGCUUUAACACCCUUAGCAUCACAAUGGGCCAGCGGCUUCAGAACAAGGUGUGUGGUCUGUGUGGGAAUUUCAACGGAGACCCUAGUGACGACUACAUCACUUCCAGGGGCAAGCCCGCUGUCAGCGCCCUGGAGCUGGCCCAGAGCUGGAAGACCAACGGUAUGCAGAACAGUUGUGAUGAAACCCAGUUUGUGGCUCUGGCUCAGUCCUGUGACAACACGGCGGUGCUGGCGCUGCAAAGUGAGGAUGCGUGUCAGAAGCUCACCCAGCUGAAGGGCUUCUUCCAGCCGUGCCACGGCCUGCUGGAUCCCCGGCCCUUCUACCAGUCCUGCUACCUGGACGGCUGCUACAAUCACCGCAAGGCUCAGGUCUGCGGCUCGCUGGCAGCCUACGCAGAGGCCUGCCGCUCCAUGGGCACCCUCACCACCAAGUGGAUCACCCAAGAGAACUGCUCAGAAUGGAUCUACGACCCCUGUGCAGGAGAGAUCUGCACAAACUUCACCUGUGAGCUGGAGAACGGAGGUGACCUGUGUGGCUGUCCAGAGUUGCCCACCAGCACUGGAGGUGAUGAUGACAUCAUCCAGGCGGAGGUGAACUGUAAGCAUGCUCAGAUGGAGGUCUCCAUUUCCAAGUGUAAGCUCUUCCAGCUGGGCUUUGAACGAGAGGACGUCAGGGUCAACGACGAGCACUGCCCCGGCAUCGAGGGAGAGGACCGCAUCUCCUUUCGCAUCAACAACACAAAGGGACACUGUGGCUCCAUCGUACAGUCGAACAGCACACACAUCAUGUAUAAGAACACCGUGUGGAUAGAAAGUGUGAACAACACCGGGAACAUCAUCACCAGAGACAAGACCAUCAACGUGGAGUUUUCCUGCGCCUACGAACUGGACCUGAAGAUCUCCCUGGAGACUGUCCUCAAGCCCAUGCUCAGUGUGAUAAACCUCACCUUACCGACCCAGGAAGGGAACUUCAUCACCAAGAUGGCUCUAUAUAAGAACUCCUCGUACCGAAACCCGUACAGGGAGGGGGAGGUGGUGCUCAGCACGCGAGACAUCCUCUUCGUGGGUGUCUUUGUGGAAGGGGCCGAUGAAAACCAGCUCAUCCUCAUAGUAAACAUGUGCUGGGCAACGCCGUCCCGCUACAGCAGUGACCGACUCCGCUAUAUCAUCAUAGAGAGAGGGUGUCCAAACAUUAAAGACAACACCAUCGGCAUGGCAGAGAACGGCGUGUCGCUCACCUGUCGCUUCCAUGUCACCGUCUUCAAGUUCAUUGGGGAUUACGAGGAGGUCCACCUCCACUGUGACGUCACCCUGUGCGACUCGGAAACAAACGCCUGCAAAGUGAACUGUCCACACAAGAGAAGAAUGUACUCGGAGGACAGUGACCAUAAAGAGCACAUAUUGACUGUGGGACCCAUUAGGAGGAGAGCAUUAGACUGGUGUGAGGAGGGAAACGGAGGCUGUGAGCAGAUCUGCACCAGUAAGAUGGCCGGACCUGUCUGCAGCUGUGUGACUGGGAUGCUGCAAAGAGAUGGGAAAAGCUGCCGGACUGCGAGCUCGAGCUGUAACCUCACACCUGCGGUGUCUCUGCUGAGCGUCAGCGCUGUGAUCUCCAUGUUCCCGGCUCGUAUUCACACUCUCCUCUCCUAACACUCUCUGCGAACAAAGGGAGGCAACAAAUGAAAAAGAACAAAACACAGAAAAGACUUGAAGAUGCACACAGUUUAUCAGCGUUGAUUAGCCAGUAGAUCAGCUGUGUGUUCCAGUCAGAAAAUCGAGACAGAAUACACUGUGCAUUCACAAAUGUCUGAGGCCACAUAUUCUUGAUGCAACUGAAGGUAACUACACAGACAUGUAAACAAGUUUCACCCUAACUUCCUUAAUUGUGUUAUUCUCCACCUCCACCUCCUCCAUUGUAUAUCAGGACACCUCAUUGUGUAUUAUCAUGUACUUAAAGCCACUAUGUGUAGAUUUUUUUUUAAUGUGAUUAUAACAUAUUUCAAAUUAUUCUGAUGGCUUUUGUUUGAAGAAAAAUGAAUGCAUUGCUGUCUGCCACAGUGUCUUUUUUUAUACUACCACUAGAUGGCGCCAACAUAGAAAUAGAAAUGUUCUAAUUCUAUACAUUGCACUCAGAGAGCGCAGAUCUCCACCAAGGCGUGCCCCUAGCUCACAAUAUUAAUGCAGUGGGAAUAUCCCCAGUCAGAAACAGACUUUUCUGAUUAAUCCGACACCACAUGAAUGCAGCACAAACAUUGCACAGUAAUUUGUGUAUCCGCCCCGUGACUCGAGUCCGCUCCAAAAUGCAUUGGGUUCUUCCUUUGCCCAUUCUACACCCUUCCCCCAGGUUUCCUGAUAAUCUGGUUGGUAGUUUUUCUGAAAUCUUGCGGACAGACAGACAAGCAAACAAAAAAAACCGGACAAACCAAACUGAAAACAUAGCCUAACCUCCAUUGCGGAGGUGAAUAUGGUAGUGAACCAAAGACAGUGGUGUUGAAGGCAAACAUCAUCCAAUGUUCCGACCUCCACACCUGUACUUUACAAUGCUAUGAACACAUUCUGCAUUGGAACUGAAAGUAAAUCACGAACAGUUACAGCUAAUAAAUAGUUGCGUAAUGGACAUAAUGUCUAGGAGUCAAAGUAGCAUUAUCUGGAUACUGACAUUUACAAUUACACCUGAUAUUAAUAAACAUUCUCAUCAUUUUGGUUCUGCCUGCACUGUGAUCGGAUCUAAAUACGCUAAAAUAAGGUCGGCGGAUGGUGGACUUGUCAGCAAACAUCUGUGACUGUGAGGGUCUAGCUCUCCAAAUCCACAAUGAAUCAAGUCCACAAGAGGCCUCAAGUGGAAUAUCUUGAGACUUCCUGUUAGAGCGGCUAUAUAUAAAACAAUUAGUCAUUUAAAUGAUUAGUAGAUUAACAGAAAAUGAACCAGCAACUAUUUUGGUAAACGAUUAAUCAAUUUAUGUAGUUCUUUAAGCAAGAAGGCCAAACAUUGUCUAGUUCCAGCUUCCCGUUUUGAGGAUUUUCUGCUUAAUCAUCAGAUAAAUCAAUGAUCACACCCAGCACUAAAAGCAGCAGGAUUGCACAUAUCCUGCAUAAAUUAUCAUUGUCAGUAGUGUUAAGAACAGUCAAAAAUAUCAUUUAUUCUACAUGGAAACAAGUUGGCCUUAAGUUCCCUCUCACAGCACAUUUUAUCUGCUCAUGGCCCAGCUCCCUAACAGACAUGCUAGAGUAUGUAUCUGUAAAGAUUCACUCUGCAAGUAUCUUUCUUGUCCAGAUAAGAUACCCAAAUACAAAUUAAUACCAGGUGUACAUAGGCUCUGAUAGUGGAAUAAAGGUCUGCUGGACUGUGGAUCUACUGGCUAGUGUUAACCAGAGCAGAGUUGAUCUAUUAACUUCCUGUUUGACCUCCAGACCAACUAAAUUACAGCGUUUAAUAUUCUAAAUCAACCAAAUUUACGUCAGCUUGUGGCAGUAAAGAGGCUAAAGAUCAGGUAAUGAGACUACACGGAUGUCAAAGUGGAGUUCUUUGAAUGAAGUGUGUGAGGAGAGCACCUUAAUAUGAAUACUCAUAUUUUUAACUCAAAUGUUAAAUAAUGUCAUACAGUAGAUUAGUGCCCAGGUUGUGUUGCGACUGUGAGAAAUGCAAUUAGUUGUGCCAUUAAAAUAUUGAAUUUUUCUAUCUUAAUCAGUUGUAGUGUUGUAACACUCCUGCCACAAAUAUUGACUGUUGGCUCUGACGUAUUGAUUCCGAACAACAUUUUGCCUUUUUAGGGUGGACAUGUGAGGACAUAUUUUAAAACUGUCUAUAGAGUAAGGUUCUCCAAGUAGGAUCCCUGGUCAGUGUUUUCUAUUUGGCACCUUAUGUGUUUUUAAUGUCAAUAUACAUGUCACCACACAUCUUAUGUAACCCUUCAGUGUUCUUCACUGAAGCCAACUCAAAUUUUCAGUUUUGGAUUAGUUAUACAGUAAGUAGCAGUUUUUCAUAGGUAGGCCUGUUUUGCUACCUUCUAUGUACAAAUGUACAGUCCCUGUCUGUCAGUUUGGUGGUUUAUGUCAUGACUUCUUUUUUUUAAUAAUAAUCAGUAUCUAUUUUAUGUUCAAAACCAUUACCAAAAUAUGUUUUAGUUUUUGAGAGCAGAGCCACCCAACUUUUAAUAAAUUAAGUUCUCAAAGUCA